AUGUUCCUACCGGCUCUGCCAAUCGUUAUCAACCUCCUGUGGGCUUUCAUCUGCUACUUUGUUGACUUCUUGAUUGGCGUCUUCGCACUUUUAGCAUUUGGCCUGCCGGAUUGGACUACUGCAGCGAUCAUGUUCAACAACACUGCGAGUUAUCCGUUGCUGCUCAUCCAAAGCUUGGAACAAAUUGGCAUUCUCUCCAAACUGCUGGUGGCUGAUGAGAGGACGUGUGAGCUAGUCGGAAGGGCAAAGAGCUACUUCUUCGUUUUCGCGACAGUCAGCAGCUGUUUGGCGUUUGUCGUGGGCCCACGGCUAAUUGACACUGAGCAUGUGCCUGAAUCAGAUGAUAAUUUGACGAUCGACGGAGAAGAGGAGAAUGAGCCGAGGUUACUAUCUUCAAGUCAACCAAAUCGAGAACGUCGCAAAAGCGUGACCAAUAUCACCCUCUUUCCAUCAAAGCCCAAGUUCACGACCGUAAAGCGUCGCCCUCGCUACAUCCCGCAGCUCCAUUGGAGCAAUCCCACCUUGCUCGGUACUUUGCUGGGUGUGCUUAUCGGCAUGACACCUGUUCUCCAUCGUGCUUUCUUCAGCAGUACCUACAAUGGCGCUGUCUUCACUGCCUGGCUCACAGAAAGUUGGAAGAACAUCGGGAGAUUGCUCGUUCCCUUACCUUUCAUUUUUGCCGGCAUCUCGUUGUACACCUUAUACAAGGACUUAAAGCAGAGCGAUGGCUCAACUGCACGGGCAAGCACUCCUCUUGCUACGACGGCUUUCAUCCUGAUGAUACGCUUCAUUAUGUGGCCCAUUAUCAGUAGCGGCGUCAUCUACGCCAUCGUAAAGCACUCCAGCGCCCUUGAAUCGCUGAUCACCAUGGUCCAGGUCAGCGAUGCUGGUGUUGAAGACGAGAGGAAGAUCGCAAAGAUUUUGGCUACCUCGUACAUCAUCAGCCCGAUACUGGUUGUUGUGGUUGUUGGCGCUUUGUAUGUAAGCAAAGCUGCUAUGUGA